AAUGUGUAAUUAUUUUUAACAUUAACUGCUUUAUUAAAUGUUAUACAGUCAGUAUCAUUAGAAAUAAAUACAUAUCCCCCCUUGGUAGCUUACUGUAAUAUGUUCUGAUCCGUACUUAUUUUUUUCGAACAGCGUGAAACAAUAAUAAAAUUAAAUGGGGAUGAUAAAACUAAAAGCUGUAAAUACGCAUUUGGAAAAAUAAGGAUAAUUCAAUUUUGUUAGUUCUACCAAGCAACCGCUAGAUGUCUAUAGCAUUUCAGUGCCCAUAAAACAGUUAUUUCAAUAUCUCGGAGCACAUUUUUGAUAUAUGAUAUAUCACGAAAUCUAAUAAGUUAAAAACGUGAAGUAUUGUAGAAAAAGUAAGAAAAAUUUAGUUCCAUUUAGUUCUGUCAGACUACACCGAAGAGAUUAGGUAUCUUCUAUAGUCCACGAAAUGCACAUUUUUCCAUUAAAAAAAGUUUUUGUUAAUAAGGAAACAAUUUUUACUAAUAUUUGUUAAAUCAGUGCUGACGAUAACUCAUUUGAAAUGAAUCUGAAGCGCGUGCUUCUGCGCCGGCGCGUCAUGCCGCCAUUACGCCGGUAAGGGCUGCGCACGCACCUCGAGUCACGUUUCCCUCAGACGAAGCGUCAGUUACCGCCGCGCCGCCGCACGAUUCGUAGUUUUCGAAGUUCUCUCGUCACAAGAAUAUUUCGUUUUAAUUAUACGUGGAUUAUCGGUUCAAUUUAACAAUAAAAUAAGCGUAAACAUUAUGUAACUGAACAAUACGUCGUCGAAGUAAUAUAGUACAUUAAAUAUCUUCGAUAUUAACAAUGCAUUGUUCGCGAAUAAAGUUGUCGGCUUAAUGACUUCUCAAUUUUCAAUCAAAGAACUACUGCGUGUAUCAGAUUAAUCUUUUAUUCAGUGAAAUCGUGUUUUAUUACAGUAAUUCGGUUGUGAAAGUGACAAUUCAGCAUCAACAUGGACAAGUAGUCUACUGACAAGGACAUUGUUUUUGACAACGACGCCAUUAAGGGUACAUCACAGUUCAUCUGCUGAUUAAUAUGGACGUACAAACAGAGUUUCAAAUGUUUUCGUGUCUUUCACGGCCUAUUUAGACCACUCGUUCAUCUGGACCAAACGAUGCCUGGAAAUACGACAGCCGGUAGCACCCUAUUGGACGACGAACUUCGUCGCAUUUUACUGGAAAGGGAGCAGGAUUGCUUGCAGUUACAGGCUACCAAUUCGACCCCGCUACCGGAGCCAUAUUGUCGCAUUACUUUUGAUGGAUGGUCCUGUUGGCCAAAUACGCCAGCUGGAACGACAGUCUAUGCUCCAUGUCCGAAUUUCAUCACCGGUUUCGACGCCUCACUGAUGGCACAUAAAUAUUGUGAAACUAAUGGCACCUGGUUCCGACAUCCCGAAUCGGGUCAAGUCUGGAGCAAUUACACAACCUGUGUCAAUUUGAAGGACCUCAGUUGGCAGCAAGGAAUAAAUGGAAUUUACGAAGCCGGAUACGCGAUAUCGUUGGUCGCGUUACUGCUCUCGUUAGGUAUUUUGACGUAUUUCCGCUCGCUAAGAUGUGCGAGGACCACUCUUCAUAUGAACCUGUUCGCUUCGUUCGCUGUAAACAACGCUCUUUGGCUUGUCUGGUAUAGAUGCAUCGUAGCGAAUACGGAUUUACUGUUAAACAAUGGGAUAACGUGUCGUCUUUUGCACAUAGUACUGCAUUACUUUCUACUCACUAAUUACUCCUGGAUGCUGUGCGAGGGUUUUUACCUGCAUACGCUACUCGUUAGUGCUUUCACCAGCGAGCACAGAUUAGUGAAAUGGUUGAUUGGUCUUGGGUGGCCGGUACCAGCUGUGAUCGUUAUGAUUUAUGCCACUUUGAGGGCCACCAGCGAUGAUCCUACAGACACUGAACAGUGUUGGAUCAACGAGGGUAAUUACAUGAGCGUACUAGUUUACCCCGUGUGCGUUUCAACCCUGUUGAAUCUGCUCUUCCUCUUCAACAUCGUUCGUGUUUUGUUGACGAAGCUUAGAGCUGGUCCUAGGAUCGGUACGCAGCCUUCAAGAUCUAUGCGUCAAGCAUUUCGAGCAACGCUACUUCUUGUACCUCUAUUGGGUCUGCAUUAUCUCGUCAUCCCCUUUAGACCACCAAAAAAUCAUCCCUGGGAACAAUUUUACGAGGUUCUUUCCGCUAUAACGGCCUCUUUCCAGGGUCUCUGCGUUGCCGUUUUAUUCUGUUUUUGCAACGGCGAGGUAAUAGCGCAGUUCAAAAGGAAAUGGGAGGGCACGGCGUUUCUACGAAAUCGAGCCAAUUCUUGCACAGCCACCACAGUCUCGGUCCGAUGGCGGGAGAGGAGAAGGUAUGACUGUCGUCAGCCGACGCCGGAAAUGCUGGACGAGAAACCCGCGGACGUACAACUGGUCGAUCAUUGUCCCGUGACCAAUAAUCUCAACAAUCGUGCCAGAUUACUGAUCGAGUCGAACGACACUGAGCAUUGCGAACAAACGCGGUGUUGAUAAGCCUUCGAUGAAAGGAACAGCCUUCAGAAGUGGCUGACGAAGGGAUUACUCGAAGGUCGGAAGUGUCACGAGAAGGGAUGAUCAAGCUGGGACGAAUUCCUGGUGACACUGAUAAGAGGGAGGAUUUCGAGGGGACAGGAUCAAAGGGUGCUUUCUUUUUCGAAAGAACGAAUAGGAGACAGAUGGUUAAAGAUCACAGAUCCUCUAUUAGCUAGGAGUCCGCGUUGUUGAGGAUGAUGAACGAUGCUUUUCUAAUGGGAUGAGUGGCGUAAAGUGUGAUAAAUUGUAUUGGGUGUAUGCAAGAGUAUGUAAUGAUUAACAAGUUUAACUUGAUGUUAUUAGUUCCCUUAGGAAUUAUUUUCUAAUCAUUUUGUUUUUUCAAGGUUGCUUAAUUGGACUACUACUGUAAGUUUAAUUAUAAAGAAAAAAAAUUCUUAGACUUUUGAUCCCUCAUUACUUUUGUAUACACUUAAUAAAUUAUACGGGAGGAGUGAUAGUGAGGGAUGGGGUAGUUUAAGAAGAAAUUAGUCCAAUUUUUUAACUUAUUUAACAUUGAUUACCGUGUUUUGGUGAAUUUUAUAAUAUCAUUAAAGACAGUUAAAACAUUGAAAAUUAUGGUGAUUUAAGACAAAGAAUUAUUAAAUUAAAUGUACCGUACGUGUGUGUUAAUUAUGUUUUAAUUAAGUUUGUAUGUUAAUAAUGAAAUUAAAUAAUUUCGCCUCGAUUUACCUUCUUCACUGAAAUAUGCAAGAAAACAUAUCAAAACUGCUAUAACAAAAGUGAAAAGGAUUUCAUUAAAAAAACUGAUGGGGUUAACAUAUUUUACAGUCCCCGCGAUGGGGACUAUAUUUUUAUUAUAUAUUAUCUUUACAUUAUUUUUACUAAAAACAUUUCAGUUUCGGGAAAUACAUAGUACUAUAUGGACGGUUAACAAACCCAAUUAAUAUAUAUUUUUGUUAAACUUAAUAUAUAUCAUCUAGUUACAAUAAAGAGUAACAUAUAAAUAAUUAUAAACUAAAGUCAAUUUACGAUCAGUUUAACUAUGACAACCGGGUAUAUGAAACGGGUGUUUAUAUCAAUAUACGUUUUAUUACAAAAAACACGUUCGAGAAUAAGUAUAUAUAUAUUUAAUUAAAUAUUUAAAUAAAUAUAUAUCUGUAUUGCUAAAUUAAUUAAUUAAAUGUAUCUUUAUUUAAAUAUUGAAUUAAAUAUUGGGGUAUUUAAUUAUACGUAUUUUUUAAGGCCAAUUUAAUUUUGCUAUUUCUGGUAAUAUCAGGGCAGUGAGAACACUUGAUAAAAGAUUCACACUAUGAUUGUCCAAAAUUUGUCUGCCACAUACGUGUUUCACACCCUUUCCCGGAUGUUCUACUAUCACUCCUUUUUCAUUCACACCUAUAAUAAGCAAAUCGAAUAAUAAAUCGCUGCGAAAUACAAAGAAAGUGUAUAGUAAAUGAUAAAACGUCUUACCAGAAUAUUGUAAAGUGGCCCCCAAUAGAGAAUCUAUUACACUACCGAACAAACCUCCGAUUCCUCCAACAAUAAUAAUAGGCCAUUGUGGUGCUGCUAACUGAAGUACGGCUGUAUCUACAGUGAGCAGUAUGAUUAAAUAAUCAAACAAACCUACGGUCAUACCACCAAGUGCAGAAACAGCUAGACCUACCCAUGAAACACCACCAUUCGUUCCUAUGAACAUGUAUGAAUUAAUCUACAGUAUCUUAAUGCAAAAUCUUACAAAUGCUGAGCUUUACUUGAUCAAAACAGUUACAUACAGUGUAUUUCAUUUAAUAUUCAUUUGCAUUUUAGUAUUCUCACCUUUUGGAACACGUUUAAAUGAAGUAAUUAGAAAAGGAUCUUUGCUACCAACAACUGAGCCUAUUUCUGAUGCCCAGGUAUCUCCAUUGCAACACGCGAACGCUCCUAAAUGGUAAUUAAGUAAUACAAAUUUUGAAAUCCUUUUGUAUGCAGUAAUUAAAUAGAGAAAAAAAUGUACCUAAAAUCCCUAUUGAUAGCCAGGAACUUCUGUAGUAUUUAUCAAAAUGAAUUGGUUGUUCUACACAUCCUACAUCCAACAA